CCGUCUCGAGGUCCCACAUUUAUGUCCACACUUUGAACGUUGCAUCACAACCGAGUCUAAUAUCCGAAUAGCGAAUAGCUUUUAAGUCUGGAAAGCUUGAACAUUCAGUUUCCAGAUUUGCCGCGAAAAUCCGGAUACAAGUUGCAGACCUCGACAUGAGAUACCUAGCCAGACACUUUGAAGACCUUUAGUGGGCUUCAUUGUUUUUUUUUUGUAAUUUGUAACUUGAACGUUAGAUUCUCAUUUUCGCGCCUCAAUUUCAAUUUGUUUGUACAAAAAUUUUCUGGAAAUUAUGGCGGAAUUUGGACUGCGCAAGUUCGUGGCAAUCAGCUCGGGACUGAUGUUCUACUUUUUUGUCGGAAUUGAGGAGACAGUGAUGACGUCAUACUUUUCUCUGGAGGCGAGCAAGAGGGGUCUGGACAUUGUGCAGAUUGGACUCUGCUUCUGCAUGAUGGACGUCUCCACAUUCCUCUUCUCCUUUCUCGCCAUGUUCACCAUCACACCCAGCAGAGAACGACUCUUCUGCGUGUCAGGGAUGGUGCUGUUGAGCUUGGCGGCCAUGGCCACUUCCGUGCUGCAGUGGGUCCACUCUGGCGCCCUCUUCUUCUCCCUCUCUGUGGGGAUGGAGUUCCUGGUGGGGAUCGGGAGUGCCUUCAGUCUGGCCACUACUCUGCCCCUCAUCACCUCUGUCCACUUAGAAGCAGCAGGCAGCAUCACUGCAUGUGCAGAGGCACUGCUCAACCUUGGAUGUUUGGUAGGUCCCCCCUUUGGAAGUGUUCUCUACAGCUACUGCGGAAUGUUCGCUCCCCCUCUCAUAUCGGGAGGCCUGGCCGCUCUAUCGGCAGUGGUGGCAGCAUUCUACCUUCCUCAAAACCUCUCUUGUUCCACUCAAAUCCGAUCAGAACAGCUCACGAGCAGUGGUCGGAUCAAAAGAGUCAAUGGGCUUUUCUCCGUCGAGAACCACCCGGCCAGGACUAGCGUGUCUUCACUGCAGACACCUCUGAUUGGCGGAGGGAUCGUUGAGGCCUCCGAGGAUUUGAUGACAGGCAAGCAACUGCUGUUCGAUCCUUGGGCCUACUUCAAAUUCGUCGCAAAACCAGGACUCAUUGUUCUCAGUCUCCUAGGUAUAGUGGUGGCGGCUCAAAGUCUCUUCUUCGAAGUUUGUCUCUCACUUUACUUGGAGGACAAGUUCUCGAUGGAUGCGAUUGAAAUUGGCCUCAUGUUUCUGCUGUUCAACGUGCCAAACUCUCUCAUGGUCGUCCUUUAUGGGCUAGCUGUUGACAGGGGCUUCGGAAUGCACGUGACUCUUCUGUCGGCAUUCGGCUUCUCCGCAACCUUCUUCGCUCUCUUCCUGCCCGACUUGAUACCGAGUCUACAGACUGUGUGGUACCUGGCCACUAUGUUAGUCAUAGCUGGCACGUGUGCUGCUGGCACUUACAUUCCGGCCUACCUCAUUUACGAGAGAGUGGCUGAAGUUUACGGGUUCCAAAAUGAGUCACAGACCAGAUUCCUCGUCUCUACCUGGAUCAACAACCUAAGCUCCAUAGGGGCACUAGCAGGGGCCACUUGGCUCACCGGCCCCAUGUAUGGCCACUAUGGAUUCAACACCACUUGUCUCGCUAUUUCUGUCUGCAUGUUUGUGUUUUCUGUUGCUUCUCUCGCUGCAGCUGCCCAAAUGAGACUCCUCAAAAAACUCUACUACGCUGAUGACCUCCCACUAUAAAAAGUAUUUUGCUAAUUGUGUACAAAUAAGCGGUGUGAUGCUUUUUCAUUAACUUUCAAUUAUGAUCGGAAAUCUAGA